GCGGGCACGUCACAGCCGACCCACGCGCCCGUGGCGGCGUUGAGUGGCAGGACUCCGCAGCCGUGGAGGUGCACGGAGUUGGAGCCUCCUCUGCAGGAACCUGCCGCCGCAAACCGCUUCAUUAGCGGGACACAAACGGGGCAGCUUUACGCUGAUGAACCGGCCGAGGGUUCAGAAAACUGAUCACACGGGCUCUGCCAUUGCCAAGAUUGUAGGUGCCAAUGUUGCUCAGAAUCCCAAAUUUGACAACACAGUAAAGAUGUGGGUGUUUGAGGAGAUGGUGAAUGGGCGAAAGCUGACCGAAAUAAUCAACACCAGCCACGAGAAUGUGAAGUACCUCCCUGGGCACAAGCUGCCGACAAAUGUGCUGGCGGUGCCGGACCUGGUGGAGGCGUCCAGCGGCGCGGACAUCUUGGUGUUUGUGAUCCCGCACCAGUUUAUCGGCAAAGUGUGUGACACGAUAAAGGGCAAGGUUAAAAGCGACGCUCUCGGAAUAUCCCUCAUCAAGGGCGUGGACGAGGGGCCCGAUGGACUGAAACUCAUCUCUGAUGUAAUCCAGGAGAAGCUCGGCAUCACGAUGAGCGUGCUGAUGGGGGCCAACAUUGCCAAUGAGGUCGCCGACGAGAAGUUCUGUGAGACCACCAUCGGCUGUAAGAACAAAAAUCACGGUACCCUCCUGAAGGAGCUCAUGCAGACCAACAACUUCAGAGUUACUGUAGUGGAGGAGUACGACGUGGUGGAAAUCUGUGGAGCUCUGAAGAACAUCGUUGCGGUGGGCGCGGGUUUCUGCGACGGUCUGGGCUUCGGGGACAACACGAAGGCAGCGGUGAUCAGGCUGGGGCUGAUGGAGAUGAUUGCUUUCGCGAGGAUUUUCUGCAAAGUGGGGCCCGUUUCCUCGGCGACCUUCCUGGAGAGCUGCGGCGUGGCCGACCUCAUCACAACCUGCUACGGCGGCCGCAACCGCAAAGUAGCUGAAGCUUUCGUGAAGACGGGGAAAUCCAUCGAGGAGCUGGAGAAAGAGAUGCUGAACGGGCAGAAGCUGCAGGGACCAGCAACAGCUGCUGAGGUUUACCUCAUCCUCAAGCACAAAAACCUGGUUGAUAAGUUCCCUCUCUUCAACGCGGUGUAUCAGAUCUGCUUCCAGGGCCACCCGGUCUCAGAGUUCAUCAGCUGCCUGCAGAACCACCCGGAACACAUGUGACGAGCUGAACCUGGCAGGGUGCCUUCUCAGCGGGAACACGGCCACUUUUCUGUUCAAACUCAACGGAGCAUGACCCGUCGCUUCCUGGUCGUCGUGUUGACUCCACUCGGCGAAUCCACGUUGAAGCCGCACAAGUGUUUAAAAGUCUAUUUCAGACAUAUCAUUUAGGGAUGUCAUCCCAUUUCCAGAUGUGUGGUGAAACUUGAAGGAUAACUUUUGUCCCCACAUGGUGGUCAGACAACCGUUUGUUUUGUUUUGUACGCUUGAUUUUAAUCGGAUUUUACGGCGUCCGUUUAAAAAAAAAAAUUACUACCGACUGAA